AUGUGCCAUUUCCCUAAUCGUUGUAGCACUCGACGUGUGUCGGUUAAGCUGCAAUGGAGUUUCCCAUCUCCAAAGCCUCAUCCACGCGAUUUUCUCCAAACCUGCCAAUAUCUCUCGGCCAGCAUCGGCCGGUGUGGGCUUAGCACUCUUUUAGGCAUUCAAUGCCUUUCCGCACGACAAUCUCGGCUGCAGUCAGCCGUAACUACAUCAACCUCUUCAUUACAACCCUGUCCACCCGACCCUUGUCCUCCCUACCCUCCGUUUCUAGGCUGUCCAACCCCUGUUGCUAGUGCCUCUUGUCUUUGGCCCAUUUACCGUGAGGCGCGGCCGAUCUUAUCUCAUGUCGACCAUGCGCCAGUUUGA